GUGGUGGUUUAACAUGAGCACGGAGCAGAGGAAUUAGGUGUGAUCCAGUAAGGACAAAGAGGAAAAUGAGUACUCAAAGUCUUUUGCUGAUCUACUCUUGGGAGCAGAGCUUAGAGAUUUGAGGGUUUGGUGGUUCUUUUUGUUCUGGGUUUGUUUAUUCUCGAGGAUGGUUUCUUGCUGCCUGAAUCAGGGCUCUGGGUUUGCUAGGCCUUCAGCAGAGUUUAAAAUGCUUCCAUUAGUGUGGAGAAGUAGAUAAAAUGUGAAAAAUGGAUAAAAAGAGAAUGCAGCAGUGGCACACACCUUAGCUGCAGUAGUGAGGGGAGAAGGGAGAUUCCCACUUCCAGCAGUACCUUUUCAAGAACUGGUCUGUCAAGCAGAGUAGUGACUGCGACUGUCUCGUACAGGAGAACUUCAUCUGUGGACAGAACAAACAGGAAUUGAUUUGAGAGGGAGCAAAUAGUUGCUUUUGUGCUGUUAUCCUUAACCUAGUGCAAGUUCCUCCCAUUUAGGAUGCUCUCGUCCUUGUAACUUAGAUUUCUUAUAUGCAACAUGUAUCUUGAUAAAGAAAAGAGUUGUCUCAUUGCUGGAAGUUUAGGAAGUAUUAGUAAGUCAACAAGGUACUUAACAAGUACCAGUAAGGCUUUUUUUCCACUCUCCAAACAUCUUUGAUUUUUCAUUUGUUUAUGAUGUUCUCCUUGCAUACCCUUGUGCACAGCUUGGCACUGUUUUGAAGCAGAAUAAAAUACAUUAACUUUCUGAUUCUGUAGGGUCUAUGUCUGAGGGCUCGUCUGUAUAGCGUUUAUAAUCUCAACAUAGCUGUAUUAACGUAGAAGCAGGUGUGGCUCAGAUAACAGAGUCAUCUGGUAGUCAUGGCUAUCAAUGUGCUUGUUGGGAUUAUUUAUGUCAAAAUAAAAGCAUGUUUGUUCUGGUGCCAGAAUCGCUUAAAGCAACCUUGACAGGCAGGGCUGAACACAACUCUCACGAGCUGGGAACUGCCAGGACGCUUGGAAAGAUGAAGUUAUCUUCCACUCUGCUCCUUCAUUUGCACGGAGGGAGCACUUGCCACGCAGGACAAACUAUAAUCUGAACGUGGUGUUGGUCAGCCCUGCACACUUCGUUUUUCAUGGCUGGACGUGCCUGUGUCAGCAUCCCCAGGACCUCAAAGCAGUGAGACUGCGACAAGACUAGGCUCAGUGGUAGGCUCCUUGGGGGUUGUGACCUGUGCACAUGGAGCCGGAAGGAAAAGAAAAACCUUUCUCCAUCCCUGUGCCUGCAGCUAGCAUCCAGUGUCUUCGGGGGGCAGAGCUGGCUGUGAUGCAGGUGAACAGCAAUCAACAAAUCUGUGCCCAGUUUGAUUUUCAGAGCAACUUGUCACUUCAGGUUCGUCCGGAUGGAGGCCGGUGGAACUUCAGUUUUGACCGCUUUGAGGUGGAACCUGGCCAGACUUACCAAGUGACCGUCUACCACCUGCCCAAACUGGGUGUGGAUGGAGACCACAAUUGCAAGUCCAUGCCUUACACAAUGCCUGACUGCAAGGACUCUCUGAUGAAAAGAACUGUUCCAUGUAUAAACACAGGCAGCCUGUGGGAGCCCAGGAUCCAAGGUAAAAGUCUAGAUGAUGCAACUCUGCUCGUGAGCUUUAACCCGUGGACGGAGUCAGCCCAUUAUCAAAUCCAUGUGGCCAGUUUCCUGAAUGAGAAGAAAUGUAAAGUGGCCACACAUAAUUUCACUGAGGAUGGGCUGCAGCAGCAAGUAAAUGUUACAAUCAAAAUAGAGAAGAACAUAAGAGCUUGUUGCAACUACAAAAUACAGGUUCAGCCAUUUUUUGUGAACUGUGGCACAGACUGUCUGAGACAUUCCACUUUCGUCCCAUGUUCACCGAUGCCAAGUACAGACCCAUCAGGUGAUAUGAUUAUAUGGUUAUACUGGUGUAUCACUGGAAUCUGUGUGUUACUGGUGGGAUCAGUCAUAGCAGCUGUCAUUUGUAUGACCAAAAAACGAGCAGGACGCCAGCAAGGGAAAGGCAACCACAAUGGCUUGCAAACUGAGGUACUAUCUCCAGACCUUCCUCUGCCACCCUUGAAGCCGCGAAAGGUUUGGAUUGUGUACUCUGCUGAUCACCUACUCUACGUGGAUGUGGUGCUGAAGUUUGCAGAGUUCCUGAUGACAGUCUGUGGCACUGCUGUAGCCUUAGAUCUGCUGGAAGAUCAUCAGAUCUCGGAGCUUGGGGCAUUACCCUGGCUUACUCGACAAAAGAAGGAAAUGGAAGACCUCUCUUCAAAGAUCAUUAUCUUAUGUUCACGGGGCACCCAGGCCAAAUGGCAGGCCAUGCUUGGAAGUGAGCCUGUGUGUCUCAAGCAAGAUCAGCAAAAGCCAACUGGAGACCUGUUCACCCCAGCCUUGAAUUUGAUCCUGCCUGACUUCAAGAAGCCAGCCUGUUUUGGAAUGUAUAUAGUCUGCUAUUUUGAGGGAAUAAGUAGUGAGAAGGAUAUACCUGAUCUAUUCAACGUCACAUCCAGGUACCAACUGAUGGACAAGUUUGAAGAUAUUUAUUUUCGGAUUCAGAACCUGGAGAAGUUUGAACCAGGGCGUAUACAUCGAAUCCAGGAAAUCACAGCUGAGAAUUAUGUUGAUACCCCUAGCGGAUGGAAGUUGAAAGAGGCAGUGCGAAAGUUCAAGGAGUGGCAGACAGAGCACCCAGACUGGUUUGAGACUGAAAGCAUCUGCUUGGAAAAUGAUGAGGAGCUGCAGUCCCUGAACAGAGACAGUCAGGUGGAUUCAUUGCUGAAUGAGCAGGGUGGAAUUGUGAAACAGCAGCUGCACCUAUGGGAGCCUGAUCCUAGUUGCUGUUACAUCGUCAACCUCCGCAUGCAUGAAGGUGAGAGCAGAGGAUGCAAGCUGCAGCCUCAGCUGAAUCUAUCUGGGGAUGCGACUUCUCAGACUAUGGUCGUUCCUAUGGAUGAGGCCCCUCUAGUUCAGGUAGUGGAGCUAGUCUCUCCCAUGGAAGAGAAAAAUGUACUUGGUCAUCAUGUGGUGACUAACGAGGACUGCAUGGAAGGAGCUCCUCUCCUGGAGACAAGUUUUCCAGUGAGGAAUGACAUCAUCCUCCAUGAUGACUGUGAAGCUGCUGCAGGAAUAGAUGACAAGAGUCCUGCAAACCUCUCAGGUGACCUGAGACAACAGCUGAAUGGACUCAUGUACUCGCUUUAUCAGCAGAGUGUCAUGCCUUCAGAGCCCUCUUUCUGCCAAGAGGAAGCUAACAAGCAACACCAGUUGGUCUUAGAUGACCAAUGCAAAGACCAAAGACAAUCAGUGCAGUCAGACCAGGGCUACAUCUCGAGAUGUUCUCCUUUGCCUCCUGAUGACCUUGUGGAAGAGGAGGAGGAGGAAGAGGAGGAGGAGGAGGAGGAUCCAGAGAAACAGGUGCUCUUUCAUGAACUCUCUCCAGAGGUCUUGAACAGUCUAAAGAGUCUCCAGAAGCAGUUGUUUUUUCAGGACAUUCAGCAGAGCUGUGACUGGGGGUAUCUAGCUGAGGUGACGGACAGGGGCCAGUCCUUGGAGGACUGUGAGGCUCCAUCUGGGACAUACUCCAUUUGAAAUACAGGAAUGGAAGGUGGUACAAUGCAUAGUGCUAAAACUGCAUUUUAAACACCAUCCUUGUCCUUGUAUUACAAACAACUUACUGGUGGGAGCUUCCUGUCUGCUGUCAGGAGGUGGGAUUGCCCACCAGAUGAGUAAUGUCAUUGCUUGCAAUCCCGGUGUGGAAGGAGGCAACAGGAAUAUUAGCGACUGCUAUAAAAGAACAGGUGGUAAUUCUGUUCCCCUGGGACAUGUGUUGCAUUGGAUCUUUACUGCCUGAAAAAUUACUGUGGUUUGUCCAGCUGUGCCUUCAGAAUCCCACCAACCACCCUCAAUUUAUUGCACUAGACGGAAGUCGAGGCCAGAAAUCAGAGCAGAUUAGAUAGCAUAGCAAACUUUACAUUGCCAGUUUGAUGCAUCUUUUAAAUAUUUGCUUGUAAAUACUGUGUUAAAGAUGUGUGCCUUAAACUUCAGCUAACUUAGGGCUGUCUCUGCCUGGCUGACUUCUCAUUUUUGCCACGCAUUCUUUGACACAUCCACAUUUCUGCAGCCAUUCCGAAAUCAAGUAGAGUACCUGAGCAGUAAGUGGGAGAAACCACUAAAUUAGGAGGCUACUUUGUCUCCUUAAUAACUCUCCUUACCUCUUGUGGCAGUUGGCUUGAAACCCACAGUAGGGGGGAAGGGGGGAGGCAGGGAGAAAGAACACUGGGCAGAAAAUGGGAUAUGGGUUUAUUGUCCAAUUAAAAAAAGAAUCUGGGACUGAAUACAGAGUUGCUGAAUCAGGAGAAUUUGGCAUAUUCUGCAAUGCGUUGCUGUGAUGCUGUUUGCUUUUGGACACCUUAGUACCUGGAAGACUUAAAGAUGUAGAUAGUGGCACCCAAUUAAGGAAAUGAAAGACUAUUGGGGGAGAGAGGGGGGUAGAAUGUAGCUUGAACAGAUGCUAACUGUUGUGAAAUAUUUGCUAAUAAUGAAGUGAGGGAUUAGUCUUCCAGGAGCAGUGAUGGAAACUGUACCAGUUCCAAUGUCGUGAAAAAGAGGGCUUGAAGCACUAGAAAGAAUAGUUCCCCCCCUGUAAGGGAUCACCGUGGUUCCCUGUCAUAUCGCCUGGGCAGCAGUCUGGUCAAAGCUGGCAUUCAUCCUGUUUAUUCUCAUGGUUUCUGCAGCCUGGCAAGCUGGGAAACAGUCUGAGAUGUAAACACAUCCAUGCCUUUCUCCUUCGUGCUCAGACAAGCUUGUCAUCUUCCUGUCCUUGUAAGUUUAAUUGUCAGAAAAAAGUUAAGAGAAUUUUAUUUUGGCUUUUUUAAAUCUGAUAUUUCAGAAGAUAACCUACUCUUCUAUUUUUUCAACCCAAUGGCGUAUUAUGUUUUUUUUAUAAAUUUGUAUGUUUGUAACUUGUUUUUAAUUUAAGGAACAAAACACAAUAUAUUAGAAUAUAUUUACUUAAACGCUUUUGUGUCCUCUUCUCAAUUUCUGCCUAACAAUCGUGUAAGUAUUUUGUACAGAAAUCUGGGGCAAAACUGAGAUAAAACCAAAGUGAACCAGUUGACAAAUGCCAUAACCUUUCUGCAAAGCGCUGUGCUGCUGGAGGCUGCUGAGGGACAUCACGUGUGAGAAAUGCACAUUUGCUCAAAAUUGGUGUUAAAGUUAAAUGUGUGUAACUUCUGUGCAAAGCUAGUUAGUGAGGCAGGACUGUUAAGCGAAGCUUGCUUUCUCUACAGCCUUAUGCCUAGAGAAAUUUGACAGAGGGACAGUCCCUGCAUAUAUCUGAACUUAACGCUGGGUGCCAUCUUCGUUUCCUGUCUGUACAGGACCAGGUGGACAACAGGAGCUAAGCAAGUGGUAACUGUGAUCUCCGUUUCUCCAGUGAGUUAUCUUAGAGCAUCAUAAUUGUCAUCUUGGUGAUCCAGUUCAUAAAAUUCCUUUUAUUUUACAGGAAUUAACAUUUAAAUCUGAUUUUUCUUUUUUCUUUCCUGCGAGUCCUUUUCAAGUGGCAUGUAUUUCUGUAAAUGGUUUGAAUAGGAAGCUCAGGAGUGUCAUCUAGACUUUUUCUGCAUUAGUCAUUGCCUCUCAAAUAGUUUCCUUGGUGUUACAAUUUUCAAAAUAGUUCUAAUGAAAGUAAAUUCUAAGCUUGAGGAAUGUUCGGACACUUUAGCAAUCCAACAUGAGGAAGGACAAGUAACUUUAAUGUAUCUGUUGGUUUUUGAAUAUAAUACUUAGUAGUUCAACAAGAUUUGAAGAAAAAAAGCAAAAUCCACCACAAGUUUCUAAUUUUAUUUUAACAAUCUUGCUUUUUAAAAAAUACAAGUUCUGAUUAAUGCCACAGGGAUGCCAAUGGUCCAUUGGCCACAGGCCUUCUCUCUCAUUUCAGUUUCUCCUCCUGGGAGUUGUCAUCCUUUUGUCAGACCAGCAAACAGUUCCUUAGGAGGGAGCAAUAAAAUGUGAAAUAGCUGAGUUCUGAUACAAGGCUAAUAACAGGACUCUAAGGGGCAUAUGUGUUAAUACGGCACAAUUUGGUUUAGCAAGGUAUUACUGGCCUGGGCCAGUAAUUUAAUAUUGGGCAGAAUAUAUGGUGAGUUUGCAAGGUGCAUUGGGUAUGAGAUGGUGUUGGCCCUGUAAGGGUACCAAUAUGUUUUCUGCGGGCAGAUCUGUUACAGGGCAGAAAGGUGUAAAAGGACGUGAGUUCAGUUAUCAAAGAGAAGGGAAUUCAAAACAUGGAGCAGGCUUAUAAACAAGAAAUUAGAGCUCUACACGUCUCUCUAGUAAGUAAUUUAAGUGGUGGCAGAGCUGCCCUUCUGCUGCAAGGGGGCUUCUGCGCAGUCAACUGCUGAGAGAGCUUUAAACUCUCCAAGUAGCGUAUUUACUAACAACCUAGUACCAAAAACCAUGGCACUGUGAGGAAUCAGUCCAUGAACUUUUCUGUGAGGGGAAUUUUAUAUAGCAGAAACACUAGUUUGAAAAGUCACCUCUCCAGGGCAAUUUUCAGAUCAAAGGACAAAUAUGAACUGCACUAUUAAUGCAGUCACGGGCUUGAGUAUGCCAUGACCAGAUGAAUUUCCAAUAUGCCCUUUUCGUGUUAAUGGCUUCAGUGGAAAAAGGCACUCGCUGUUGAAACAGCAGCUGUGUUGUGUUAUUCAGUACCAUUUCUUAAGACUUGUUAAUAAUUCUGCUGUAAUUCUUCUAGUGUCUCAACUGUGCUUAUGCUUCAGUGCAUUAGAGAUGUCACUAUACUCCCCUUGACACUAUCAUGAAUUUGACCAUAGGAGCAGCAAAACUUUAUUGGGAGUGUAAUGGUUGAAUAAAGAAAUACUUGCCAAAAAGAAGGUAAAUGAGGAUUUAAAAAAAAAAAAAAAACUGUU